GUGACUUUUCGAGCAUUUCCUUAUCUUCUCGUCAAAUUGGCUAUCAUGAAACCGUCGCGACCGUUGACAGUUUCAAAUAUUGGCCGGACGUCGCCAUCCAUCAUGGCACCUCCAUGCCUUUCACCAUCCAAAAACCAACUUGUUCAUUUCCAAGAUGUCGUCAAAGUACAUCGUGUCCUACGAGCACGCCGACUGCAGUGGCGGGGCGCUGUACGUUCGCUCAGGCGUGAACGCCACCGCCACUGACCUGUCGUUCGGGAGGUGCGUCGGGGGAGUUCAGGUCACGACCACCUCGGUUCCCACGACCAGCUACAUCUCGAACGAAGUGUACUUGGACCUGCAAUGGGACUAUGGCGUGACCGAGCGCAUCAUCCAGCACACGUGCGUGUGGACUGGCAUCCAACGUGGGUAUGUCUAUGCGGAUUGCCAAGAGCGGGUGUUCGGCUUCUUUCAAGACGGUGACUGCAAAGUGCCGUUGGUGUCGGCAGAGGACGACGCAUCCCCGCCAAUCACGUCGUGUAUCAUCCCCAACGCAUAUUCUGCCACGUCAUCAAAAUCCAAAAUCCCGCCCAAGUACUUGAAGCGGUACGAACAUGCCGAUUGCACCGGCGCAAUCUUGUACGCCGACGAGUUCACAGGGGCGAUGGCCGCGGCCCAAGACGUCGACCCGUGCACCGACGGCUUCCAAAUCGACCUCGCCGCCCCAAAGCCAGACCAGUUCAGUGCUGGAAAGACAUACAUGAGUGUGACCAACCCGUACAUGCUGUUCAAAGGCACGGUUCUGGACAAGAGCUGCGUGUCGUACGCCCCGGGCAAGUUCGUGCACGUGGAGUGCGCGUCCCGCACGUCAGUGUUCUUCAACGACGACUCGUGCUUGUCGGGGGACCAAGAAGUUCUGUUUCCGUCCAAGGUGUGGGGCAUCCACUGCGGCAUUCUCAAUCACGAAGGUGGCGGGGAGUGGUGGCGCGGCCACGUUGGGAUCCUCGUGGGACUUGUGCUGAUUUCGGUGGCGGCCGGAGGGAUUUUCUCGGUGCUCUACCGCCGCAACCGCAAGUCAUACGUGCAAUUGCCGCUCAAGAAUCCGUCGUCGUCGCAGCCAUCGUACCACACCACUGGCCGCGACGUGGGCGCUUAAGAAUGAACUUAUGCCAUUGAUUCUUGUCGUUUGCUCAUACUUUAAUUCCACACGAACAGUACCCCCAUGAAGACACAACAUAGGAGCUUGCUUGUACAAUGUGAAGGGAACGAAUACUUCGACCAUGGGCCAAGCAUCGCCGUGCAGCUCGUUGCAAGCUAGCCACGAUCGUUCGAUAACGUUACAAUGACUUGCAUGAACAAUCAGUUAAAUGAAUAUGGAUGGACCUACCCGAAUUUGGACCUAAACGAGAGCGGGGAUAUAGCUUGUGGUAAUAAAG